ACUCUCUCUCUCUCUCUCUCUCUCUCUCUCUCUCUCUCUCUCGCAAAGCCUCUGUUUCUAACUCUGUUGCUAUCAUUCUAACACCCUUUUUCUCCAUUCUGCAAAUUCACAUCUUCUUCUUCUUCUUCUUCUUCAAUUUCCAACCGCUAUCAAAAUAACCACUCUCCCAACGCACACAAUUCCCACACUGAAAACAAAUAAAACCGAAGAAAAAGCCAUAACUUUAUCACACACCAAUCAAAAGCUCGAAGAGAAUUCAGUGAAGAAGCUCAAAAUACAACCACACACGCAUCAAACCAAUCAACACACUGUCAGAACGAUUAUCAAGAACAAAAGGGGCCAUAAUCAAUAUUGUUCUGCCAUGGGUAUGGUACCUGAAAGAUCAAAGCCACUUCACAACUUCUCCUUGCCAUGCUUGAAAUGGGGUUCUCAAAAGUUCCUAAGAUGUGUCAACGCUCCCUCCAACAUCACCUUCAACAACGAUAACAAUAACCCUUCUCAACCUUCUUCUUCUUCCCCUGAUCGCAGAUCCUCACGCCUCCAACCCAAACCCCAAAUCAACCAAAUUGAACCUUCUAGACUCCCCAAGAGAAAAUCCAACCAAAACUUUGAUGGGGUACCAGGGAAGAAGCUCAAAGUUUCGAACUUUGAGGAUGGAGGGGGAGGAGCAGGAGGAGGAGGAGAAGAAGGUGGUGGUGCAAAUGGUGAUGGUGGUGGUGUUUCUAAUAGGCCUUGGAAUUUGAGGACAAGGAGAGCUGCUUGCAAGGCACCACCGUCACCAUCACCAUCACCACAAGCACAAGCACUGAUAUCACAAACGGCAUCAGCACCAUAUGAUGAAGAGCGCAAUAAGUUAUUUGAUGUUGGUGGUUCUUCUUAUUUUCAAGUGAAGGAUAAGAAAGUGGUGAUGAUGAAUGAGAGAGCCAAGUUCUCAGUUUCUCUCUCCAAGGAAGAGGUUGAACAAGAUUUCUGGGGAUUGGUUGGGACUAGGCCUCCUAGAAGACCUAAGAAGAGGCCUAGAAUUGUUCAGAGGCAAUUGGAUACACUAUUUCCGGGGUUGUGGCUGACUGAGGUUAAUGCAGAUUGCUACAAAGUGGCUGAAGUUCCUGAAUGAGGGAGGACAUGAUGGCGAAACGGGACUCCGGAUGUCCCAAAUGCCAUUCUUGCUGACUUCUUACACCUUGUGACAUAAAUAAUGGUAAUUGGUAACCUACCAAGUCAAAACCAUCUAUGUAAAAAGGUUGUUUUCAAUAAUCCUGUAAGUUUUUAAUUUUGCUGUUCUUUAUCUGAAUGUAGUAACUUGUAGAUCUAUUGAUGAACAAUGUUACCUUCUUC